AUGGUGGAUUCUCUGUUUCCGACAAUCGAAACCACAGGUGACGACGAAGCGUCACCGGAAUCAAGACGGAAGAAACGGAGGAUAUCGGAGACGACGACGACGACGGAGAAAUCAGAGAUAGAAGCUCAACGUAUCCACGAAGAAAGCUUAAAGAGAUGGAGAACGAAUCGUAUGCAACAGAUCUACACUUCCAAGCUAUUCGAAGCUCUCCGUCGAGUUCGUCAGAGAUCUAACGACGCCGGUAAUAGAGUCACCGGAACGCCGAGAGAGAUACGAGAGACGGCGGAUCGAGUUCUAGCCGCGUCGGCUCGUGGUACGACUCGGUGGAGCAGAGCGAUUUUAGCGAGCCGUGUACGACGAGCAAAGAAACAGAGGAAACCGAAGUUAACCGGAGAUUAUAAACUGAGAAAAGCCACGACGACGACGGAGACGAGACGGAUUAGAGUACCGGCGGUUGAGAGAAAACUGAAGAUUCUUUGCCGGUUAGUUCCCGGUUGCAGGAAAGUCUCUGUACCGAACCUUUUAGAUGAAGUGACCGAUUACAUCGCGGCUCUACAGAUGCAGGUUCGAGCCAUGGAAGCUGUCGCCGAGCUUCUAGCCACCGCCGCACCACGGACGACGUUGAACGGUCCUUAA